AUGCUGGUGGUGAACAAGCCCCCAGGCAUCCUCAUGGACGGUGAUGAGAGCAUCUACGGCCGCACCGUAGAGUCCUUGGUGUGCGAGCACAUGAAAGCCCGUGGCAUCUUCGACGAAACCCAUGAGCAGCUGCAAAAAGAGAAGAAGAGAAAGAAGCAGCUGAAGUUUGUGCAUCAGCUUGACUUCGGCACGAGCGGGGUGCUGUGCUUGGCCUUUACUAAAGACAUGGCCGCGCGACUUGCCCACUGCUUUGAGAUGCGCUUGGUUCGGAAGUACUAUGUUGCACUGCUGCAUGGACACUUGCCAAGCGAUACUGCGCUGCUGGAGGAUGCCGCCUCGAGUGACCAGCCAGGCUCUGCUUUCUCGUCAGAUACAAAGGCGCGCCGAGCGUCGUUUGCCGCGUGGGCAAAUGCGUGCAACAAGGCAUGGGAAGGGCUGGGCUGCGUCCGGGCUGGUUGCUCUGCAUCCGCGAGCGGAGGAUCCUCGGCAAACUCGGCGGGUGGGGACGAAGUGGCAGGGUUCCGGCACCUUCUGCAGCGGCCGGAUAAGACAGCGUGGGAGGCGGUGGGACUAGCGAAUUCGAAGGACGCGGAGGAGGGCGAGCCGGUGACUGUGGUGCAUCGGUAUCGCUCUCAUCGAAGCCCUGCUUCAUCGCUGAUCACUGUAGCACCAGAAAAUUCCGCGCCUGUGCCGGCAGACGCGGUGGAGGAUCUCAUCUACCGUACGUUGUUAGAGAGCACUACAACGUGCUCGGUCGUCUUUGUUGAUCUGCCGGUGGGCUACGAUUUAACGGACCCCGAGCACCUCCGCAUGGCUGUCACGGCAGAGCAAAGCCGUGACGCUAAAACAAGCCUCUUGGUGCUGAAGCGCACCUACUUAGCCGCACCUCCACCAGCGGGCGGCGAGGUGCCACAGCGUGGCGCAAUCGCUAAAGAUUCCCCGUCUGUCACAAGCUAUCCGGUGACGCUGGUGCUGCUCGCUCCACACACGGGUCGACGUCAUCAACUCCGCGUGCACUGCCGCGCCAUCGGUUUCCCUAUUGUUGGUGACACGUCGUACUGCGCUGAUCUACCGUGGUGCACCGCCUUGCCGCUAGGGUCAUCCCCGUCCACAUGGGUGACCGCGGGCGCGCGGCGCAUGUACCUGCACGCAUGGCGCCUGCUUCUGCCCGGCACCGCGACUCCCUGCCUCGAUGAGGUUGAACGGGUGGUGCUGAAGAAGAAGCGACGUCGCGAGGUCUUGGGACUAUCGGAACAACGCGGUGUCUCCUUGUCCGCGAGUCGUUGCGAGUGGACCGAGUUUGUGGCAUCGGUGGACUUUACUGGACUCGACCUGAAGGAGUUAGAGGAUCGAAAGAUGUAA